GAGAAAAAGAUGAAACUGAAGCUGAAACUGAAAAAGAAAUCGAAAAUGAUCUUAGUAUAAAGAAACCAGCAUCAAUUAAUACAAUUUUAAAAAAUUCAUUCGUCUCACCAACAGAUAUUCCAUGGACAGGUGAUGAACCUAUCCAAUCAACGGUUGUGCGUAUGAUUGAGGACAAGUAUCCUCCAUUAAAAGUUAAACGAGAUUCAGUGAAAGAGUUUAUUGAUGCUCGAAUUAAUAAGAACGCAUUAUCAUCACUUUCUGAUUUCAAUGAUCAGAGAUUCAAGAAUGAAAACGAUUCUUCUGCUGUCAUUAUAGCUAUUGCUGCUACUAAUGAUGAAAUGUCAUCAAAAUCAUCAUCACCGAAAAAAACAUCAUUAACUCCAGAACAGAAAAAAAUAAAGCAACGAGAAGCAAAACAAUCAAGAAUAGUUGAUGCUAGAGAAGCAGCAGCAGAAUAUUCAAUCUCUAAAAAAUAUCCUACUGGUGAUAAUGAUGAUCAUAGUUCAUUCACAACCACCAGAUUCGUUUCAAAAAGUAUUACACAAUGGGAAUCACUUGUCGAGCAGCGCAUUCAGGAGGCAAUGGCCGCAGGAGAAUUUAAAAAUCUUCCUUAUCGAGGUAAACCAUUGCCAGUCGAUAAAAACGAAAUGAAUCCAUAUAUUCAUCGCACUGAAUUCCUAAUGAAUCGCCUAGUACAACGACAAGGAGCAGCUCCCGCAUGGAUCGAAAUGCAAAAAGAAGUUGACUCUGAAAUUCGUCUAUUUCGUAAGAACUUGCAGACAAAUUGGAAAAGACACGUAAUUGCUCAUCAUCUAUUCGAUAAACGUGACAGGAAUUGGGAGCAAGCACAAAAAAGUUAUUUGGAAGAAGCUUUACAAAAGCUAAAUAGUCGAUUACGAUCUUAUAAUAUUGUUGCUCCUUUUGCUGCUCGUCGUAGUUACUUAACUAUUGAUG